CGAUCAACCAGCGAGCGAAAACUCAAUUCAUCAAAUUCAUUCAAGUUCACCUCCAUCGCCAUGAGUUCUGCAGCAGCGGAAGUGAAAUCCACCGGCGGCGGCCGCGGCAAGCCUAAAGCCUCAAAAUCCGUCACUAGGUCUUCAAAGGCCGGCCUUCAGUUCCCCGUCGGCAGAGUCGCCCGGUAUCUGAAGAAGGGCCGUUAUGCUCAACGCGUUGGCUCCGGUUCUCCGGUCUAUCUCUCUGCUGUUCUCGAAUACCUCGCUGCUGAGGUUUUGGAGCUUGCUGGGAAUGCCGCAAGGGACAAUAAGAAGAACAGGAUAGUCCCAAGGCACAUCCAAUUGGCGGUGAGGAACGAUGAGGAGUUUAGCAAGCUGUUAGGAUCUGUGACCAUCGCCAAUGGCGGUGUUCUGCCCAACAUUAACCAGUGUUUGCUUCCCAAGAAGAAUGGUAAAGGGAAGGGCGAGAUUGGAUCUGCGUCCCAGGAGUUUUAGAUCAGCUUACGAGGGCUAAGAAAUGGGGGUUGUGCCAAUUUUUUGUUGUCAAACAUUUAGUGCUAAAUCAAAGUGUUAAAUGUAGAUUUAGUAGCUGAAUUGCAGUUGUUAAUACAAUGUUUGAUGCUUGCUUUAUGAAAUGGGUGCUAGUUUAACAA